AUGGGCAUUUUCAUUCAUCCGAAAUACACUUUGGACCGCUCCGACAACGAUAUCGCUAUACUAAAGCUCGGAGACGGUCCUGUGCUGUCAUCCUGCCUCUCUCUAGCUGAGGAGGUGGAGGACGUUUCCCUGACUGCCCGGCGCUUCGAUGUGGUGACCACCGCUCUGGGUCCAAGUGGCACAAAGAGUCAUCGAACAACUAAAAUUACGAGUCAUGCCUACUGCCAGCGCAAAUUUGAAGGUCUGACCAUAACGGAGCUUGAGGUGUGCGCACACAUCCCGACAGACAGCCCGGCAUUGAUGGGCUCGGCACUGGUGGGCAGGAAUAUGGAGAACGGAACUGAGGCAUGGAAGCUUUUGGGGAUUUCCACGCAUGGCUUGGCCGAAAGCAAUCCGCACAUGCCGACCCUAUUCACUCUCAUUUCAGCGUACAGGAAGUGGAUUGAAGAGAUAAUUAAUUUGUAA